AUGACAAUUGAAUUUUUGCCAUACACAAAAAAUUUGCGUGCUAGUUUUGCAAAUAGUCGACAGACAUCGUCAACUCAUACCGUUGAAUAUGAUGACGACGGCGAUUCUUGUGCUGAGAAUAGUGAAGAAGAAAAUGAAGAGUUCCUUUUUAUGAGCGCAUUUAAUUCUUCACGAACAGAAUAUCGACUUUCUAAUA